UUGUUCCUCACGCUGAGUAGUGACUUUGAACUAGUUCUACUCUGGUGGGUCGUGUUGUGUACGAUGAAAAAAUAAAUGGGCAAAAAAUAGAAAAAAAGUGAAAAAUGUUAAAAUAUUUAUAAACAAAAAGCAAAAAAUAACAACGAAAUUAAGUUAUAUAGCAAGUAUUAAACCCUUUAAAUAAUGAGCCUACACUUCGAAAGUCCUCCACAAUCUGAUGGCAGCAAAAUGGAUAUGGACAUUUCAUCGGAGACAACAUCAUUGGAUUCGGGAGCAAAUUCGUUGAAUGAUAACUCGGUUAUUAUACGCUUGGAAAAGGAAGGCGAUUGCAAUAAUCAUCAUCACGAUGUGACAGGCAAUGUCUAUGCCAAUGACAACGAAGAAUUUAAUAAGACAACAUUAGAUAAUCGCAAUGCAAGGCCGCCUUUGGUGGGUGAUCAUCCGUCGUCGCCCUUGGUCACACCGCAAAGACACAAUAAAUCGGCGGCACGCACCCUGGCCGACAAUCAUCCACUGAUGUUGUCUCCCACAGAUUCGGAUGUGGAUUUCAAUGUGGCCGCUGAGGUCCGUCGCAUGACAAACGAAAAGAAUUGUGAGAAUAAGAAAAACUAUCCAGAUGUGGUGCCAAGUUUGGAACAUUUACAUAUACGUAUACCUCAGGAGAAUUUCGAUGUUGGCAAACAAAUAAGUUUAAUGAACACCAAGAAUGUAAACGGUGGUGAGCUGGCGGUGACCAAAUCAAAAGCUGGUAACAGUUUUGUAAAUGGACAGACUUUGAAACCGGGCGAUGUGAAGAAUUCUGCCUUUAGGGCAAGUAGUCCUGAUCUCAUAAGCAGUGGAUCAGAGGUGAAUGUAUCGCAGUAUCAGGCUACCGUUGAUGCCAACAAUCAAGUAGUAACAUUAAUACCGAAAAAUGGCCAAGGUGAGGCGGUGAACGGUGGUGGAGGUUUGGUGGGGGCCCAAAAUAAACAUUUGAAAAAUGCCAGAAAAGCCGAAGAUAUUUCCUCGUUAGACUCCAUAUCAAAUCAUAGUUUUGAUGGUGAUGAAGAUCACCAUAACUUGGCAUCGUUGAGUCCCUCAAGUUCCAUAAUCGAUGGCCUGGAUGAUGAUGAUGACGACGAUGAUGAUUGCGAGGGACCUGAGUUAUUGCCCGACGAUGAUGAUGAUGAUGCAGAUUUGCGAAUGCAUGGCAUUGAUGGUGUUGGCAUACUUACGCCCACACCAUUGCAGAGAGAUGGUGCUGGUGUGGAUGUGUCCAAUCAAUUGCCACAGUAUUCGGCAGCCGAAGAGAGACGUGAUUCAAGAAACUGGCAAAAAAUAACCCUACCCGAUGGUCGUACCCGUGAUAUUGAUAUGCGCGUCAUUGAACCCUAUAAACGUGUGUUAUCCCAUGGUGGUUAUCUCAAGGCUGGGGGUCACAAUGCAAUUGUCAUAUUUUGUGCCUGCCAUUUGCCAGAUCGUUCACGUACCGACUAUAGCUAUGUUAUGGACAAUCUAUUUUUGUAUGUGGUCAAGACCUUGGAACAAUUGGUUACAGAUGACUAUGUGCUGAUUUAUUUGCAUGGCGGAUCGAGUCGCCGUAAUAUGCCACCGUUUCCAUGGCUAAAAAAGUGCUACCAGCUAUUGGAUAGACGCUUGAGAAAAAGCUUGAAAAACAUGUACUUGGUACAUCCAACCUUUUGGAUCAAGUCCAUUAUAUGGAUGACUAGACCCUUUGUUAGUACUAAAUUCUGGCGCAAAUUAGUCUAUGUGAAAUCCUUGGAUGAGCUAUCACAAUAUGUAACGGCCCUGGAAAAGGCAGCCAUACCGGAAAAGGUUAAGCAAUAUGAUUCGAAAAAACAUUGAAACUUGUCGGAGACAGAAACACAUCACCACAACAACAACAAGUAAAUUGUAGAAGAAUACUCAGCAACAACAAGUUAUAUUUAUACCUAUUAUUAUAUUCUAUAUAAAAAAAGCUAAUUUUUAAUAUUUAUUUCUAUUUCUUUAUUGUGUGAUAUAUUUCAUAAUUUAAGAUUUAUCUUUGACUGUGUAAUUUUUAACUUCCCUCAUCCUUCUGCUACAACUCCUACCAUCUCCUACUCAUUUGUAUGGAAAAAUGUAUACCUAUUGGUGUACAUUAAACAAAACUGUUGAUCUCUAUAUUUGAAUAAUGCAUUACAUACAUAUAUAUAUGUAUACAUAUACUAUAUACAACAGCAAAAGACAAAAACAUAUUGCUUGAAAUUAUUCAGCGACAGAACAAACGAACAAAGUUGUAUAAUUCAAAUGCUGAAAUUUAUGCCUUAGUUAUGUUAAUCGAAUUAAAUAAAAAUAUUAUUUUUCUUGGAUUGUUUCAAAUCAGCGUGCCUGCAAACCCCCAUUUUAGGAAUCUCACCAGGAGCUUUAAAUCAUAAAAAUAUAUUUAAAAGAAAAGUAAUUUUCAUUCGUUUGAAAAACCCCAAUCUUGAAUUAUCCCAGGCUGGCACCUGAUGACAAAUUGUUCCAUUUUUUUUUUAUUAUGUUACUCUCAGUUUUAUGUAUGUUUUCCUUUUUCUCUCUGUUAAUGCACCUAUUUAUAUAUACAAUAUUAAAAAAAAGAAACAUUCCUUCAGUAUUUAACCAUAUUUCAUGUUGUAUCCUAUUCUUUGGAAAUUAGCAAUAAAAAAUUGAGACUAUCAUCAUGUUACCAACACCACCACCACCAACCCACCAUUACCACCAACCACCACACUCCAUUAAUACUAAUCGAAAACAUGACCACUUCUAACAAAUGUCCACAAAAAAUUGUGUACAAAAAUACUCAAAAAAAAUAUAUAUAUUUACAUAUAAAUAUACAUAGAUACAUUCAUUGGAAACCAUUAAAAUAAUUAUUAAAUAAUACAAAAAGCAUUGGAAAAAUAUUCAUUUAAAGAAAAGUGAUUUUCCUUAACAUUGUCUUACAAAGCCCCCAAAUCAAUUGGGUCAUUUAAGGCAAAGGAUUCAGAUUUUUUUAUUAUCUUUUUAUUUGCUCUCCCAUUUAAUUUAUUUAAAUUUAAAAAUUUAUUUUGUACUCCUAUUAUAUUUUAAAACAUAUUUUUCAGGAUCCGUAUUUUUUUGUUUUUUUUUUUUAUUUUUUUUAAAUGCCUAUCCCUUCUAAUAUAAUUUAUUUAAAUUUAACCAUUUAUUUAUGUAUUCCUAUUAUGUUUUAAAAUAUAUAUUUUUCCAUCUUAUUUUUAAUGCAGCAAUAAACUGCUGCAGUAGUUUAUUAAUUAUAUAGUAAAAUUUUAUGUAGCUUAAAUAUUUAAAAAAA